AUGUUAUCGGAAAUUAUUCGGGUAUUCCUUGAUCUCUGCACCAUAGCUGAAUUACAAGCUUACGGGUGUGCUGUCGGUUGGACAGACUUUGAGGAUUUCUGUUAUAAGAUUCAAGUUGAGGAAGAUUGGGGAGCGACCUUGUCCAGUGUUUGGAGUGAGGAAGAGAGGACAUUUAUCAUAUCGCUAUGGCAGUUUCCGACAAGCGAUCUGGGAUUUUUGUGGCUGGGGAUGAGAGGGGACUCCGAUGGAGAUUGGGUGUUCGACGAUCAGUCCUCAGUCAAGACAAAGAAGGGAGAUGUCAACUGGUCAAUAUUUGCAAACAUAUCCGGAAUGCCAACAGCGACCACAAAAAAGUGUGUAGCUUUUCGAUCGUCCGGCAGUCUGGCCUUCUUGGACUGUGGAAUGCCAGGGGAUGCAUUUGUCUGUAAGAAAGCUCUGUCAAAGGUGUUCAUAACAUCCAGUUUGGGAAACAGUUCGAGUCCCUGGCCAGCAAACAAAGCUGGACACAUUCGUCUGUUCGAGAGGAUCCUGCCCCCGUCGUUGACCUCACUUCCGGCUGGCAGCUCACUUUUGGCAGAAAUGCGCGUGGAAACAGAAAUAGGCUGUGCCUUCAACUGCUUCAGUGUCAACGGUUGCCGGUUGUUUCAGGUCAACUGUGAGAUUCGCACCAACUGUGGCUCCUUCUGGUGUGCUUUGUACGCAGAUUUUGUCAGAUGA